CUCCCUCGUCGCCGAGUCAUUCAACUGGAUGCGAUUCGCUCUCCUCCGAUUUGCCGUCCGUCCCCCUUCCCUCCUCAGGUCGGCGGCUGACGGGCUGAGAGAGAUGACGGGACUAGGAGGAGGCAGCGGCGCCGCGGCGGCGCCUGGGGACUACGUCUACUUCAAGUCCGUCGUCCCGCUCCACAAGAUCUCUAUCGGAUCGAAAUUGUGGAGGUACUAUGAUUUUGGCCCCAAGGCUGUGCAACCCCUUAUCUGCAUCCCAGGAAUUGCGGGGACGGCUGAUGUGUACUACAAGCAGAUAAUGUCCCUCUCUAUGAAGGGUUAUCGAGUGAUAUCUAUUGAUGUUCCCCAAGUAUGGAAUCACCAUGAAUGGAUUCAUUCAUUUGAAAAGUUUUUGGACUCCAUGAAUAUCCAUCAUGUUCAUAUUUAUGGUACAUCUCUUGGUGGAUUUCUCGCACAAAUAUUCGCUCAACAACGUCCAAGGAGAGUAAAGUCCUUGGUGCUAUCAAAUACAUUUCUUGAGACACACAAGUUUGCUGCUGCCAUGCCAUGGUCUCCAGUUCUCAAUUGGACCCCUUCGUUUUUGCUGAAGAGGUACCUCUUGACAGGAAUCCAAGAUGGUCCACAUGAACCGUUCAUUGCUGAUUCUGUCGAUUUUGUUGUGGGUCAGGUAGAGACAUUAUCAAGAGAAGACCUUUCCUCAAGGUUGAUGUUAAAUGUUAAUGUUGCAUCAGUUGGACCAUUGUCGCUACAUGAUUGCUUCAUCACUAUAAUGGAUACAAACGACUACUCUGCUGUUCCUCAGCAGUUGAAGGACCAAGUGAAUGAAAGGUACCCUAGUGCAAGACGUGCAGUACUGAGGAGUGGUGGUGAUUUUCCCUUCUUGUCACGUCCAGAUGAAGUUACUUUGUACCUUCAGCUACACAUGAGGCGAGUUGGAGUGGAACCAAGACCAGAUCUGGUCCAGGGUUUCACACGUGGUGGUAGCUCCGGCAGCUCAAACGAUCACAAGGAUGGAAACAGUUUUGAUGACCGUCCCAGAGAUGAUGGGGAUCGUAGUUCAGGCGGCGAUGACCGUGAGGUGGAGCCUUCUGUAUCAGGAUCACAUGAUUCCGAUGAACCGAUACCAACAAGCAUACUGCUUGCCAAUACCGUGCUAGGUACGGAUAACUCAGCCCGCCAUGUUUCACUAUUAUGCUCAUGAUACGUCAUUGCUAUACAUCCCCUUUGUAUAGUUCUGUGCUCGUCUUGUAGAAUAUCAGCAGUCGUGACUCGCGUAGCUGCAUUGGAACUGGUUCUGUCUUUGUCACAGCUGCUAGGAAAUCGUACAUCAAUUGAUGGAAGUCAUUUAUGUAUGUUUGUAUAAUAGGUUCUUUUCUCUUCUUUGUGUAUCCGGAUAUUUUGUUUGUUUGUUCAUAGCCUGUAUAUUGAUGCAUUCGAGGUGCCUGAGA